CUCCGCCUUGCUUGCCACCUUGCCUAGCUACUUAUGUUGCGUGCUAGUGACGGCCAUGGGUGUGAUUAUUGUGAUAACGCUUCAACUAUCGUCAGCAACCGCACUACACGGGAGUUUUGAGCCUGGGCCGCUUCCCCAUAUGAGCUCUCCCGCCACGAUGAUCACGUACUUAACAGCGCUACGCACGGCAGUUGCGGUUGUGAUUGCCCACGGCUACAUAUGCCUACCCACGGUCGCAAUUGUUGCAAUCACUACUGGGACCAGACAGUUGCGCCUGUAUCCAACUGCAACCAAGAAUAGACAGCUUUGAUCAUCGCGAACCAACUACAUACAUAC